AUGGCUCCCAAGAAGAAGCGCGGGCCGAGCACUGGGCGUCGGCUGGGCCCGGCGGGCGAAGGUGGCGAGCCACAGCUGUCGGAGCGCGCGCAGUAUCUGCAACGUGAAUACUCGCUGCUCUCGGAGCAGCUGGAGGCCUGUGAGCAGCGCGUGGACCACGUGCUGCAGGAGAACGCCCUCCUGGACCGUGAGGCGCUGCGCCUGCGCGAAGAAAAUCGGCUGUACGCCAGUUAUGUGAGUGCACGCGCGCAGCGCUGCGCCAAUGCCAUCGUGCGCCUGGAGGAGCAGAACCGCGUCGACCUGGCACAGGUGCACUGGCAGCGCGCCGAGCUGGCGUCGCUGUACCAGGGGCGCGAGGACGGGGUGCGCACACAGCUGCUGGAGAUGCAGGAGCGCGCGGCGCAGAUGGCGCGGCAGGUGCAGGAGCUGCAGCCCUACAAGGAGCUGCAACUGGAGCAGCUGGCGCGGAUCCGGGCCCUGGAGCGCGAGCUGCUGCACAUGCGGGUGGAGCACACGCAGGUGCUGCACCGCGUCAAACGGCGCUUCCUGGAGGACAAGGCGGGACUGGAGCGCGAGGCGCGGCAGCGCGUGCAGUCCCUGACCCGGCGCGCCGAGCGGGAGGCGGCGCGCGCGCUCGUGGCGCACACGCAGUUGCUCAAGGCGGACAACGGGCGCCUGCGACAGGAGCUGCUGCGGCUGCUGCAACGGGCCCAGCUGCUGCACGACAUGCGGCGCCAGCUGCUCGAGCAGCGUGCACAGCUGCGGCGCGAGCACGAGGACACGUGCGACCUGGCAGACGUGCACGGCUGGCUGCGCAGGGGGCCCGAGGGGCCCCCGCUCUGGCAGCCACCCCCGCAGGUCGCCUCGCGCCCUGGCUCCCUCACGACCCCCAAAGGACCGUCGUGCGCGGCCUCCCGCGCCCCGUCUGUGGAUCAAGCUGGGACUCAGUCACGCGCGGUGUCCCAGGCCCGGUCCCCGGCGCCGUCGCGCCAGGCCUCCAGAGACCCAUCUGUGGCCCCGUUGCGCCCACGGACCCUGUCCCACUCGGCCUCCCGGGACCAGUCCCUGACGUUGUCGCGCCCACGGACCCUGUCCCACUCGGCCUCCAGGGCCCCGUCCGUGACUCCGUCGCUCGCGGUGCCCCGGGUCCCGUCGGCGACUCCUUUGCACAUCGGCUCCCGACCCCCGUCCGUGAUGCGGCCACAGGAGGACUUGUGUUCUGGCCCCUCCUCACUGCGGGUAGUGCUGCCGGACGUGUUCCCUGCUGUCAAGUCCAGUCUCAAGCUGUCCCUAGGCCUGCCCGGCGACCCGGAGCUUCACAGCUCACACUCAGUGGACACAUUGGCCUCGGAGGGCACGGCCGAAGCCCCCGCCUCUGGGGAAGGCUGA